AUGUUCGAAUGGACGGAGCUGGAAGUGGACCACUGGAUUCUGUGCACUGAAUAUGACUAUGACCAGAUUGCGCCUGUCACCAUCAUGGUCAUUGAUCAGGCCUUACGGUAUGGGACCAGAGAAGAUAGUAGUAGUGAGGGUAAGAACGAUGGUGAUGAAAAUGCCCUCUGCGACCGGCUUGUGCAUAUCGUUCGCCGGCAGGUGGCAGCCUGUCUGAGCAUUGAUCUUGCCGAUUGCCCUUGUUCGGUGUCUUUCUUCAAAACUGGGGGGACUCUAUCGACGUAUGGCAAUUGCAGUGCCAACUAA